CUGCCCACGACACCACGCGGUGCCGCUGCGUGAAGGGAUCAACUUCGCCCCCGCACCUGUAACGCUGACAGCCUGCUCUCACGCGUCGUUGCUGCCCACGACGACAGCCUCAGACUCCAACGUUGCAGCCGUUGCGUGCCUUAACCGACAUUUAUCACAAUCCCCCAACAUCUAUAAAUAUCAGCCUCCUCCUCCCAUCCCAACUCACAACUCGCAGCUCAACUACAGCUUCUUACCAUCUGCUUGCUAUCAUCUCACCUCGUCUACUCCCCAAAUCACCAUCAGCAGCUACCAGAUGGCUCGCUUCGCCGUGGUCGCCGCCAUCAUCGCCCUCCUGGCCGUCGCCGCCACCGCGCAGGGCCCCAUGCCGGCGCCAAGGAUGGCCCCGCUACCCGCACCUCCGGCGAGGUCGCCGACCACCGCCCCUGCGCCGGCCGCCACCCCUCCGACCGCCGCGUCGCCGUCCCCAAUGGCCUCUCCCCCGGCCCUGCCCACAGACGCGCCGACCGACGCGCCCUCCGCGAUGACGCCCUCCGCCGUCUCCGCCACACCCUCCGGCGCCCCCAUCGGUGCCCCUACUGGCGCUCCCGCAAGCUCUGCCGUGUACUCGUCCGCCACCAGCUUCGUCGCAGUGGCCGGAGCGGUCGCCGCCGCCAUCGUUUUCUAGAUGCAGCGACGACUCUGCUACUCUGCUUGGCGUUGUCUAUACAGUUUCAUCGUUUCUGAGAUUCUUUACUUAUAGACCGAGGAAAGGUUACACGAGAUUAUUAUAUGGAUAUAAAAUUCGUUCAUUUGUUACUUUA